CGCUCUCACACUGUCAUAACCACAGGAAGAAGGUUGAUAAUGAAGAGAGCUCAAGAUGCUUUUUCAUUUGUGGGAGGGUGUGCAGCAGUAGUGCAUGAUGAACCAUUUCAACCCUGUCACAGAUAUAGUAGACUCUGAGUACACAGAGCAUUAAGGGUUUACAACUCCAGAGCUGGGACUUUUUCAAUCAGCAUGAAGACUAUUUUUGUGUUCUACUGUCUUUUACAUGCGACGUGGAAAGUGGGAGCAGACAUUACUGCAGAGGGAUUUGAAAGGGGAGAGGUCUCGUUCAACUGUUCACACAGAAAUGCAUGGUCAAAUAAUAAAUACCUCUGCAAGAACUCCUGCAAAGGCAGAGGUGAUAUCCUGGUUACUGUGAAGUCUGGUAGGAGUGAGGGGUCAGAGAGGAUAGCACUGAAGGACUCUGGGAAUGGGGUCUUGACUGUGACCUUUAGGUGGCUCCAGCUGACAGACUCGGGGAAAUACUGGUGUGCAGUGAAAAGGCUUGGUUUUGAUACAUAUAUUGCAGUAUACCUAACUGUAAAAAGAGCUGUCGUCAAUGAGACAACAACCGUCAAACCUGGACUUUUCAACACGUAUCAGACUACUUACAAUUCAACACAACAAACAUCUGGAAUAGACAUGAACAUUUCAACAGCCUCUAACUGCACUACUGGAGGAGAACAAAACAGCAGCACAGGCACAGUGCUGUUCUGUACAGUCGGGGGUGUCGUUAUGAUUACCAUCUUGGUCCUGGCUGUGUGGUUGAGGAAACGGAGAAAAGGAUCAAAACACCAACCACAAGUUUGCUCAAACAGCACAGGACUCAUCGGUGUACGCAGAAGAGAGGUAUGAGACAGAAAAGCUGAAUAUGUCAGGAAGUCAGAAACAGCUCUCUGCGCAAAGAAACACAAAGCCUUGAUAGUGAAUCUUGUGAUGUUGGCGGCUAUCAAGUUUCUUUUCCUGGUUUCAGAGGUCAAUGUAUUAACAGGGGGUUUCCUACAGUCAGCUACUGUAGUGCCUAUUCCUUUUUAUUAUUUUGAAAACAAAUUUUUUUUUGCAUUUUUUGGGUUGAAAUACUUUAAAACAACAAUGAGUUGUAUUGAUGGUACAGGAGAUUGCAUUAAAGCUCCUGAGGAGUUUUGAGCUGGUUAUGGACAUUAAUACUGAAGCCUCUUCAUGUGACUAAAAGUGAAAGAGACUAUCAGUAUUAAGACUGAGUAUUUCUACUUUGUCACAUUGAUGCCUGAAAUAGCUGCUGGGGGAUGGGUGUCAUAUGAAAAGCGAAAACAACAUGCUGCAGAUCAGCUUUUUUGAAAAAAUAUUUUUUGCAGCAUUUAUGCACUUAAGACUGAUACAUUUGACCUAAAGCUGGAUGGUCAAGGACGAUGUUAUGUUCCCUGAGAUGGUUAAGGGAUGAGUGGAGUAACAAUAAAUUAAAA